CACUGCCGAACCCCAACACCGCCCCCCCCCCUCCCCCCCUCAGCCAUGGCGGACCCCAAAUAUGCCGACCUGCCCGGCAUCGCCAGGAACGAACCCGACGUCUAUGAGACCACCGACCUCCCCGAGGACGACCAGGCCGAGUUCGAGGCGGAGGAGCUCAGCAGUACCAGCGUGGAGCACCUCAUCAUCAACCCCAACGCCGCCUUCGAGAAGUUCAAGGACAAACGUUUGGGCACCGAGGGAGUGGAUUUCUCCGACAGCAUCAGCAAGACCAGGAGGACGGGUUACGAGUCCGGCGACUAUGAGAUUCUCGGCGAAGGUCUGACCGCCAAGGAGACACCACAACAGCGUUUCCACCGCCUUCAACACGAGCUUCAGGAGCUGCUGAAGGACGUGGAGCAGAUCCAGACCACCGUGAAGGACGCGACGGCCGAGGAGGACCUCACGCCCAUGGCUUUGGCCAAGCAAGUGGAAGGCUUGAAGCAACAGCUCCUCUGCAGCCAUCUGGAGAAGCUUUUGGGUCCUACGGCCGCCGUUGACUUCUCCGAUCCCGACGGAGCGUUGGCCAAGCGUCUCCUCCAACAGUUGGAGGUGGUCAAAGGCGGUCAAACGGCGCCGAAGCCCGAGAAGAGCUCAACGACCGCCGGCGACGCCGUCACCUUCGAGCUCUACUGGAGGCCCCAACACGACCGAUUGGCCCAAACGGCCAAGAUGGCGGAGUUGGAGAAGAGGAUGGAGCAGUUGGAGGCGGCGAUGCGGUGCGACGGCGACGGGCAGAACCCGCUGCUGGUGGGGCUGAAGGGCAGCAGCCUCGUGGACACGGUUCAGCUCCUCCAGGCUAAGGUCAACCUAUUGGAUGUGGCUGUGCUGGACCAGGUGGAGGCGCGGCUGCAGAGCGUUCUGGGGAAGAUGAAUGAGAUCGCGAAACAUAAGGGAACCGUGCAGGACGCGGAGAGUCAGAGCCGAGUCCAUCAGCUCUUCGAGGCGCUGCAGCGCUGGGAUCCCAUCGCCGCCGUCGUUCCCGAUCUCGUCCGUCGCCUCGUGACGCUGCGGGAUCUGCACGAGCAGGCCGCGCAGUUCGGACAGGCGCUGGUGCACCUCGAGGCGACGCAGCAGGAGAUCACCGCGGCGCUGAGGGACAACGCUGCGCUGCUGACAGAGGUCCAGAAGACUCUGAAGGAGAAUUUGGCCAUCGUUGAGGAUAACUUUGCCGACAUCGACGCUCGCAUUAAGCGCCUUCAGAAAUGAGACCCCCCCCGCACUGCCCCCCCGGGAAUUGUGACCCCCCCUCUGCUUGUACCCCCCCCCCCCUUUCACCCU